UGGAGGAUUCAACGGCCGUCGAUAGAUUCAGCGAGUUACCAGAUGAAAUAUUGUGUCACAUACUCUCUUUUAUUCCGACCAUAUUCGCUUUGACCACCACUGUUCUUUCAAAGCGGUGGACCCCACUCUUCUAUUCACUCGCUGUUCUCCGCUUCCGCUUCAAUCAUGAAACCGUGAGAAACCAUAACUCAUUCAAUCACUUAUGUCGUUUUAUAGAUACUCUCAUGCUCUCUCCUCGUGUGUCAAACCAAACCAUUAAAACGUUUAGCCUCAACUGUUGUUUUCUACUCCGCAAAUUUAAUAGUCCCUCUCCCUCCAACGUAUCUGCAUGGGUAGAAGCCGCCGCCCCGAAACUGCGACAUGUCGAGAAGUUUGUUCUCAUUCUGAAAUAUUCCAUCACCCUGAAUCCUAUUAUUCUCAUCUCCCGAACCCUAGUUAUUCUGAAACUUGAGCAGUUAAAAAUUCAAUCUGAUAAUUUGUGUGUUGAUCUUCCAUAGCUCAAAACCCUACAUUUCAACUAUGUUAGUUUUAAAAAUAAGAAUGAUUUCAUAAAACUUCUUAAUGCUUGUCCACUUCUACAAGAUUUGCAUGCUUCUUAUAUUAAAUAUGAUAAAAAAAAUAAAAAAUAAGGAAGCAAAAGAGUUUAAAUCCUUGUCCUUGUCUAAGUUGGUUAGAGCCAAUAUCAGUUCAAAAGAUGUUCCAUUUACUGCGAUGUAUAAUGUUGAGUUUCUAUGCAUAUUCCUGAGACCAGGGGUUACCUUCAAAAGCAUUCCCGUGCUCCAAAACUUAAUUCACAUUGAACUAUGGUUUUCUUAUAAAUUGUUUCGCAGCUGGGAUGGUAUAGUAGAAUUGCUCCAGAAUUGUCCCAAGCUUCAAAUUCUUUUCAUAAGAAAGGGGAUCAAACUCAGCUUAUCCAAAGAUUUGGAAUUCCCAAUUUCAGCUAUUGAAUGUGUUCCGUCUAACCUCAGAUCAUGUACUAUUGUUAACUUCAAUGGCUCAGAUAUCCCAUUUUCAACUUAUAUUUUGCAGAAUGCGAGGCUUUUAGAAGUGAUGAAAAUCAUUGUUAGGGAUAGCUCCUCAGAGGGAAUGCAAGAGCAUGAAAUUAUAGAAAAAUUAUCCACCUGUCCAAGGAUGAUGUCUCCGGAUGUAAACUUUCGUUUUAAUUUAUUUAAUAACUAGGUAUAAUUGUUUUUCAUUAAUUUCUAUUCUAAUAAUAUACCACCAUUGAAUGUGAUGGUCUUUAGUAGUUGUUCAAAUUCUAGGGUGGACUGCCAUUGUGGCUAGAUAAUUAUUUUGUUUGGAUGCAUGGUUUUCAUUUUAGUUUUCUUUAUUGCAUUGAA